AUGACAAUCACCUACGCGGAACAAGCCUACAGAGAGGCGUUAAAAACCUUUGAAGAGAACCUCAGCUCGCAACAAUUGCGUGACGUACAGCGUCCCACCUCGUUGACCGAAUUAUGCAGCAUUGCGACGUCAAUCAAUGCAAAGCAUUCCUCGAAGGACGACCGCAAGACUAUACGAUUCACCGAGCGGGUAAGUAAAGUGCUUGGCGUGCUACAACCUUUCGAUGGCAUUCUGAGCAGUGUCGCCGGCGCGGAUCCCUUCGGUGCUGGCAAUUUAAUAUGGAGCUCAAUCCGCUUUACCUUCCAGCUCGUGGAAGAUGCACAGAGUAUUUUCGACAGCGUCUUUGGGUUCUUCGAAGACAUCUCACUCGAGCUAGAAAUUAUCCAAAAGGAGAUUAACACAUUCAAGAACUCGCAGCUGGUGUCCAGCGUCGGGCAGCAAGUAUUCUCCGCAUUGCUAGAGUUUUGGGUCUAUGCGGUCAAAACGUAUAGAAAUUUGCGAUUUGGCUCAUUAUCUAUCAAGUCGUAUUCUAUCAAAGGCAAAUUCGAGCAGUUACAGAGCAAACUCAAGGAGCAAACUAUGUUGCUAAAGAGUGCAGCACAAGCACAGCAUCAUGAGAAUUCAAGCCAGUUCUGGAAUGCGUUUCAGCAGUCGCACCGGGAAAGCGACGACCAACGUGUGUUUGAUUGGCUCAAAGCCCCAGACUAUGCCACUGAUCUAAAGAAGGCAAACUCGAGGCGACAUAACGGCACCUGUAUGUGGGUCAUGGGUAGACAAGAAUUCAAAUUAUGGUCUGGUUCUUCCUCUGACACGCGAUUCUUGGUGAUUUAUGGUAUUCCCGGCGCGGGAAAGACAAUAUUGAGCUCGUUUCUAGUUGAACGGGCCCGGCGAACUUUCCAGAGCGGUACGGAUCACAAGAAACCUUGCCUGACACUCUAUCAUUUCUUCAAAGCAGACGAUGAGACGAAAAAUACGCCCUUAGCCGCUGUGAGAUCUCUCCUCGAACAACUCUAUAGCUUCGUGCUGGAGACUGUAUUUGCUAGCUCGGUUCAACAUGCUGGCUGCACCUUUACGAUCGUUCUCGACGCCCUUGAUGAGUGUGUAGGUGUUAAGCCCCUCUGUAAGGACUUGAAAACACUGGUUUCACACCCCGACAUACAUGUCAUUGCGACUAGCCGAAGGACUGGCGAACACGUGGAUGUCAUUAACGGACCAAGGACGAUGACAAUCCUAAUGUCUGAAGAUGAUGUGAAAAGAGACAUCGCCUCCUUUGUCCGACACAAAGUGAACAGAAUGUCAAACCUGCAAUCGCCAGCCGACCGUCGCCUCAAGGCCUUAGUCAUCGAUGAGCUUUCCAAGAAAGAAAAUCACAAAGGGAUGUUUCUAUGGGCAUACCUGAUGUGCAAAGAUAUCAAAAUGCAAGGAAACGGGGCUAGAGUCCGCCAGGCACUCCUGCAAUUGCCGGGCGAUAUGGUAGCGCUCUAUGUGAAGAUAUUGGAGGGCCUGAACGCAAAGCCUCUUGCAGAACAAGACUUUGUACAACGGGUGUUUCAGUGGGUAGUGGGAAGUAUCCGGCCCUUGCGCUGGUGUGAAUUAGACCAGGCACUGCAGAUCGAUGAGUUUCGAGGUGCCAAGUACGAGGAUGACGACGACUACGAAGAGGCAUAUAUUUAUUCCCGUAGAGAUGUGGUAAAAGCAUGCGGUUCUCUGGUGCAAUAUUCAGGACUAGACGAUGGAGACACUAUUCGCUUGAUACAUUUGUCCGCAAGAGAGUUUCUGCAGCGUAAAAUAACGCAAUCUAUCACUAUCCCACCUAGCCUUGCGAAGUACUUUGUCGAAGUGACGAGCUCGAAUGCGGUAUUAGCAACAGCAUGCCUAAACGUUCUGCAUGCACCCUCAGUACAGAAUAAUGCAUAUUUCCGAAUUCCCAAAUCUAGCCACAUUAGAAAGGAACUAAUGGAGCUGUGCCCGCUCUUCGAAUACGCGGUAUUGUACUGGCCGGAAUUUGCUUGCGCAUUUGCUGACGCUAUAGCUGCUGGUGAAAAUAAUAUUAAACCAUCCGAAGAUCUUUUUGAACUCUUGGCUCUCCUUCUUGAUGGGCCCUGGAGCCUUUGCUGGCUCGAGGAAUAUAUUCGUCUUGGUGGUAUUGAUAUUGCAAUGUACACUGUGGGAAGGAUCCAAAACCUUGACACGAAUGUCUCUCGGAAAGGUCUUGCAUUCUCACACACCCCCCAACAGUGGGCCGCGCAUGUUGUACAUGCCCUGCACACCUUUUCAGAAACAAUUUCCCAUUCCCCUGAAUGCAUCCAUACGUGCGUAGAGGCCCCCGGACGCCAUGUCUCUCUGGCCACUAGCUCCAAGCCCCAACGUCUGAUUACCCUAGGUGCUCCAAACAAUGACCUGACAAAGAAGCAACCACUCCCGAAGGGUGAGCGUGGGUGGAUCGGAUAUAACCACAAGUCCAGUCGUCGCCACCUCAACGGAGCUACUGCCUAUCGACCAGCCCUGGAAAAUGGAGAAGACAACUAUCAGGGAAUUUGGAGGGUUCGCUCUGCCCAACUGAAACAGGACGCGACAUUCCUUGCAGCAACAUUCUGCCCUGAUGCACACGAGGAACUCUUCUAUCGCACAGUGUGCUGGAGCUUGUCCAGCCCGAAGCAGGUCUCCGUCACGGCCGAUUGGGCUCAGGUUAUUAUUGUUGACCGCUCUGACUCGGAAAUAUUUCAGGCUGGUUCUCUGCUUGUACGGGGGAGUCUUGUUGCAUUCGGUCCAAACAACUCGUUGAUUACACCAGGUGGAAUUUGGGAUCUAGCGACAGAGGAUAGACUGCCUUCGCCUGAGGAGGUUUGGAACCCUGAAAAUCGGGAAUCCAUAUCGCAGACUUGCUUCAGCUCUACUCGAGCGGCAAGGGUCCGCGACCGCCGAUGGUUGGAGAUCUUGGAGCUAUUUGGCUCUGAGCGUUGGAACGCUGGAGACCUUACGGCGGCAUUCCAGUUCUCUAUUGAAGAACGUAUUGCAGAUGGCUGGGCUAGGAUCCGCAUCCGUUCCUUCAGUCGUUCAGGAGCUAAACUACUGUUGACAUACUACGAGGGUAAACAAAAAAAUUCAGAUGCCGACUCCCUCCAGGAGUUGUAUCCUAGAAUUAUCUGCGUCAUUUUGGAUGGGGAAGGCCCAACGACGGGUACACAGGUUGAUUUCCCCAUUCAUUCUGGCACUGCACUGCUAGAAUGUCAGUUUACUGAAGACGAAGAAAGGGUUGUUGGGAAGCUGCAGCCGCCCGAUGACGACAUAAAUGCCGGAGGAGGAACGUCCAUUGUUGUCUGGGGACUACAGAAGAAAGGGGGGGGAUAUGACAAAUCUGUGCAGUAUCUCUACCUUUGGAAGUCCUUUGGGGAUGUUUCCUUUACAAUGACGCCGCCAAUUUCAGCAGAGCCUAAAGGUGGCCUACUGAUCGCGUUUUCGGAUGGGAGCGUCGCGCGCCGCUCAGUGGCAGAUAUAUGGUCGUCAGCAGAGGAUGACGAGUUGCGCGCCUCCCGGCAUGCGCUGGAGGCUAGAGGCAAAGUGCUCAAUUACAUCACACCUGACGGAGGCAGCCUUUUUGCCAUCUUCUUGACUGGUUUCCUCGGGCCCUCCCCGUAUUUGACAAUUGAAGCCUGGAGCCUGAGCGAAGGGCAAGAGCUUUCCUGUCCCGUCGUCAAACGGCUUCUCGAGCCCUCUUCAGGAAAUAACUCACUUGAUUCAAACGGUCACUUUUUGCUCAGCAAGUCUGAGAUUUUCGAUAUCAGCGAUCCGACAUCCCCACAGCCACUGUCCUUCAAACUAGCCAACGGUGGUGAUGCUAAAGUCACCUUUUGUCCUAACCAGCCCAUUUUCGCAUACACGUUUGAAGAAAACGGCAGUGUGACAUUGCACCUUUAUGAGGGCAAAGCGGACGGAAGCUGCGAACUUCUCCAUACCCAUUCCAUCAUGGUGGAGCAUGGCAUGAUUCCGCAGGACAUCAAAGUUGCAUUUGAUAGUAGCCAUUAUCCGCCGCGCGUGUUUGCAUACUCUUACUGGACAGUGAUCGGUGAGAAUAUGACAUUUGUCGUCUCGGUAGAGGAUGACGGUAACAUGAAAUCUGAGCUAGUUUCGGAAGAAUACAUGGCCGACCUAACCUUCUCUCUGGACGGCAAGCACAUAUUCAGCGUCGACCGACAAGUGCGGCCAGAGGACAUGCAAUGGCCUAUCCCUCUGCCCAUUACCUCCCUCCCUCCAACGCCACCCACCGACAGGCUCAAUAACCUGUCCCUCUCCCUCUCCAUUGUCGACACUCACCCCGUCACCUUAGAGCGCGAUUACUGCUUCAUCGACACGGCCCUGAUCUAUCGCGUAUCCCAAGAGGAGCGAUUAGGAACCGUAUAUCUCGACGUGAAAAGUAUUCACGAACCCGCUAGCACGACAAACUGUUUCCGUAAGGCCCUGGGUAUUGUCCCGGAUGAUUAUUUGAUUCGGUUGCUCGAUAAGGUAUUCCUGGUGUGGCCAAGGGAUAGUGCGGAGGAAGUAAAAAUGGUGGUUGUACCUGGAGGGAGGAAUGGUAUGCCGAUGAUUAUCCGUUCAGGGAUGAGUAGUGGCGAGUUGGUCGGUAUCGUGGAGAAAGCGAUGGGAGAGUGA